AUGAAAGUUUAUUUAUUGUAUUUUUUAAUUAUUGUGGUAAUAGUAAUAUCUAAUAUUAAAAUUGUUGAUACAUUCUUAGCAUCUGCCUUCUCUGCUAUUUCUGGUUCUACUACUGGUAAAAGUCCUAAUUGUAAAAAUUGGAGUGAUUAUGGUCCAUGUUUUAGUACAUCUGAUAGAACAUUUUGGAGUUCAUUACCUAAACAAUGUUACAGUAAUAGAUAUAUGCAAUUAAUUGUUGGAAUUGGACAACCAAUUGUACAAAAAAUUAUGGAUUAUAGUGAAUUAUUUAAUAAAUCAGCACGUGCCUGUGGAAUGUGUAAUGUUCAGUUAGCUUGUAGUACCGGUUGUUCAUAUCAACCUGGUGCAAAUAGUUUUGGUAUUUCUGAUCGUAUUUGUGAUUUACCUACUGAGAAUCAGGCAUGCGCUAUGACACCAGAAGCAUAUGAUGCAGAUACAGGUAAUUGUCAAAUAUGGCCACCUAAAGGUGUGUCAAGUGCAGAUUUCUUAGGAGCAUUUGUUCCACAAAAUAUACGUGAUCAAGUUUGGGGAUUAAAACCUGUAAAUUGUAUAUCAAUUGGACAAAAAUGUUUUUGUUGUUGUGCACCAUAUUAUGUUAAUCCCUGUGAUGCAAAAUGUACUUUAACACCUUGUAGUAGGAGGAAAUCUUUUGCCUCUGGUGAUAUAAAAAAACUUCGAGAAAAGUGGUUAAAAAGACAAGGAUAG